ACCGAGCUGCUGAAGACGCUGGGGGAGCCCAUCCUGGGCCGGGCCCCAGAAAUUCAGGGCCCAGACCGGUUCUCUGAGACCAUUCCCACCCCUGCCGAAUUUGGAGCGAACCCUGAAACCGACCGCGGGGACGGCUUGGCCACCCCACCCCAUCCCUGAAGUCACUGCCCCUUACAGCCUCCCUCCGGCUCCCCACCUCCCUGACUUGGGAACUGGAAGCGCUGGAAGUUUGGACCUGCUCCCCAAAAUAUCGACGCCAGCUCUAGGAUAUGCGCUGUUGGGAACUGAGGACACCCACUGCGACCCACUCCUCCUCCCCACUAAAAGACUGCAUUGCUCUCUCCCUCACCGGUCACCCAGAAAUCAGCCUCUGUCCCGCCAAUCUGUCGGCUGGAACCCUGAAACUUAAUCUUCAGGUACCCCAGGAAAAGUCUGUACAUAUCUUGGAGUACUCGGAAUCCAGCAUUUCUGCACCAAAAGUCCAGCUGUUUAUUUCACACUAGCUGGCCUCUGUUCCUAAUUUGGGUCAACAUUCCAAACCAGCUGAGGUGCACCCCAAACUGCUUUUUGUCCUUGAAACUAGCCACAGGACUAUCCCUGGACUGCGCUGUAUCCCCAAACUUGGCUACAUCCUGAAAAUAUUCUCCGCUACAAAUUUAGCCGGGGUGUGCCAGUGAGGCAGCUGCUGGGUACCCCUAAAUUGUCCUUUACCUCGAAGCCAGCUGGUGUGAACCUACAUAUCAGUUCCUCCACCAUCCCCCCCACCCCAGAAACCCAGCCUCCGCCUUCCCAUCAGUAGCACUCCUCAAAAUUCCCCCUCCUCCAAUGCCCUCCCAGGCACCCUCUUUUGGGGGGCCUGUGACACUGAAUGUGGGGGGAACACUGUAUGCUACCACCUUGGAAACUCUGACUCGCUUCCCAGACUCAAUGUUGGGGGCCAUGUUCAGAGAGGGUGCAGCACUGCCCCCCAACUCUGGUCCCCCGGGUAGCAACUACUACUUUAUCGACAGGGAUGGUAAAGCCUUCCGCCAUAUCCUCAAUUUCCUGCGCCUGGGCUGCCUGGACUUGCCUAGGGGGUAUGGGGAGACAGCGCUCCUGAGAGCUGAGGCUGAUUUCUACCAGAUCCAGCCCCUACUAGAUGCGCUUAGGGAAUUGGAGUUAACUCAGGGAACCGAGGUGAUCACAGCUGCCUUGCUCCACGCAGAUGUGGAUGCCACGCCACGACUGGUCCACUUCUCAGCUCGUCGAGGUCCCCACCACUAUGAACUCAGUGCUGCCCGAGUUGACACCUUUAGGGCCAAUAUCUUCUGUACAGAUCCCACCUGUCUCGGGGCGCUUCGGGCCCGGUUUGGAGUUGCUGAAGGGGAAGGAGGAGAAGGAAGUCCCCAUUUCCGUUUGGAAUGGGCUCCCUGCCCAGAAGGGCUCCCGGAGGUUGAGUAUCGACGUCUAGGAUUGCAGCAACUGUGGGUAGUGGGACAGGCUGGUGAGAAGCGGGAAAUAGUAGGGACACCUGGGUUCUUGGAGGAAGUGCUCCAGGUGGCCCUGGAACAUGGCUUUCGACUUGACUCUGUCUUCCCUGACCCUGAGGACCUGCUGAACUCCCGAUCACUGCGUUUUGUCCGACACUGAAGGAUAGUGACUUGGUUUGGGGGAAAAGGGAAGAGUCUGUAAAAUUGGGAGUGCAUUCCCUCCAUCCUCCUCUUAAAUCGGUAAGAGACUUAGAACCUUCUAGAAUGACUUGGAGGAGGAACUGUGAGAGUUAAGGGGAGACUUUCAGUCUAUCUCUUGACUGGAGUGAAGAAGUAGAAACUUGGAAAAACCACCCCUCCCCCAGUAGAAAGGAUUUGAUCGAUUACCCUGAAGACCUAUGAAACUUUGGGGGGGGGGGGACGACAGACGAACCUUAUGGUCAUCUACUUGAGCUCUGACUUGAGAGAAGAGAAAAUUUCUUAAAGGCAUCCCAUGUUGGGGGUUGGGGGGGUUGGGGAGGUGAGCUGUGGAAAUCCAAGGAUUCUCCAUAAACUCGGUGUAAUAAAUCCUGGUUGACUGACUAAUGGGUGAUUUCAUACCCUACCCCACCCCCACGUUUCAUGAUGACAAGGAGUGGGGUUACUGAGGUGGAAAGGGGUUCAGAGUCUCUCCUCUGUCUGUCAGUGCUUUAUGUCUCUGAAUGGCAAUAGAACCUGUCAUUUGUCUUUUGAUCUCUGACUUUGCCCCUUUCCCAGUCUUGGGGGCUUGUCUAGGCCUGUUCUGGAGAAUACCUAUUACAGUGUUGUCCCUUGUGGUGAAAUGAUUGGACUGGCACAGGGUGUGUGCAUUUGUGUGCAUUCAGUUAUUAUUGAAUCACUGGGUGGCACGUGACUAUGCCUCCACAGCCCUCUGUCAACAUGGGCAGAACCUGUCUCUGUGCAUCUCUACCUCCGAGAGAGCCUGGAGGCAAAAGCUGCCUGCCUAGUUGGGCUGGUGAGGCUAUUUGGUAUUUAUUGGUUGCUGUAGCAACCAUGGUCCUGAUGCUAGGUUUCACUGUAGUGGGAGGCCUGGGCAGCCGUGGGCUGGAAGAGAAAUUUAAUUUAACAAACUUAUGAAGGGAGGGGAAGGAAAAGGAAUAUUUACUCUCCUAUUUUGCACAGAUUCAAGAAGAGUCACUAUUUAUUGUUCAUGUCUAAUAAAGA